AUGCGAAAGACAUUUCGCCUGCUCGCGGGCGUCAAGCCUGCUCGCUACCUCGAACCCGGCACCCCGACAGGCCUUACUGGCCUUUGGACACACAACAGCCCCCGGUCGACCCUGCUUUACCUGUACAACACCACCCUCGAGAAACUCAAGACGGUCCCCGAGUCCUCUUUGUACCGCCAAUCCGUCGAAGCCCUUACGAAGCACCGCCUUGGUCUUGUCGAAGCGACGGAACCCGCCGGAUACGCCGAGUGGCAGAAGAGAGCUGAGCAGAUCGUCAAGGAGAAGCCCGAACAGUUCCGCCUCGUCAGUGGCCGCGUCGACGGCAGCGGCGCCCGGACAGUGAAGCUCGGCAACCGAACGUUUAUCGUAGCCACCCAACACGACGCUCAAGACGUCCGUGUCGAGGAGUGGGACGGCGAGAAGGACGAGGGCGGCACCCUCGAGGGCCCCCGUACCGAGGCGGAGCGCAAGGAUCAUCAGCUGCUUGCUGACCGCAAGGACCUCAACGACAUCGCCAAGGUUCAAUGGGAGCCUGAACCUCAGUUGACGGCGGACCAGAUUUCUGAACUUGAGAACAAGAUUGGAGCUGGCCUCAUUGAGGAGGUUAUCGAGGUUGCCGAGAGCGAGCUGAAGCUCGUAGAUGUGAUGACGCAGGCAAAGGUUUGGGAGGACUUGGAAGAGAAGCCUGUCGAGGGCCAGUGGACCUACUUCGAACGCAAGUCUGCGUAA